CUGACCUGUCGUUUAAUGUGGGUGGGCUUCAUUUGUCGGCUCAGAUCGAAAUUGGCGCCCCUUUCUCUCUCCUCUCUAAACUUGAAUAUAAUUCCAAAUAAUCCCCAAAAUAUUAUAAAUAAUCAAAAAAAAAAAUCACAGAAAAAUAAAUUUCUUCAUAAUUCUCGAAUAAAAUUCAUCAUCUUCAAUGUCAACUCGUCGACGUACUUUGCUCAAAGUUAUCGUUCUCGGCGACAGUGGAGUCGGGAAGACGUCGUUGAUGAAUCAAUAUGUACAUAAGAAGUUUAGUCAACAAUAUAAGGCAACUAUUGGAGCUGAUUUUGUGACUAAGGAGCUUCAAAUUGAUGACAAACUUGUAACACUACAAAUUUGGGACACAGCUGGGCAGGAGCGGUUCCAGAGCCUUGGUGUUGCGUUUUAUAGAGGGGCGGAUUGUUGUGUUCUUGUGUAUGAUGUUAAUGUGAUGAAAUCUUUUGAUACCCUUGAUAAUUGGCAUGACGAGUUCCUCAAACAGGCAAAUCCGCCCGAUACCAAGGCAUUCCCAUUCAUAUUACUGGGAAACAAGAUUGACAUAGAUGGUGGAAACAGUAGAGUGGUCUCUGAGAAAAAAGCAAGGGAUUGGUGUGCUUCAAGGGGCAAUAUACCUUAUUUUGAAACUUCAGCAAAAGAGGAUAUCAAUGUUGAUGGUGCUUUCCUAUGUAUUGCCAAAGCUGCAUUAGCGAAUGAGCGUGAGCAAGACAUAUACUUCCAAGGAAUUCCUGAAGCCGUUUCUGAAACUGAGCAGAGAGGUGGCUGUGCAUGCUGAGCGGAAUGAAUGGUUUAAUAUAUUUAUCAAGAAGCCAUGGCUGGAAAAUUCAUCAUUCUUUAUUGUGAUCAAUAACCUUUGUAUUUUCAUGGGGUUCUUGUACACUAUUUCCUGUCAUCUACAUGUAAGAGAAAUGCUAUCCCUUUUGUUGCCGUCUUGGUUAGGUCAUCUUUUCCUGGGGCUAAUUGCAGUUUUUCUGUGCAAUUAUUCUUAGCCUUGAGGCCAGUAAUUUUGGCAGUAGUAUUCAGUUGUGGAGGAAAGUUAUCAAAGUUCUUUAGGUUUUCUAUUUCUCCUCACCCCCAAGUUUUAUUAGGGUUCUGUUGUUGAGUUACAUGAAACACAAAGAUACGGAUUCUAGAUAUUCAUAUUAUUGUUAGCUUGCA